UAAUACAUCGAAUUUCCGGCCAGAUAAAUUAGAAUUAAAUCCAAAGAAAAUCAGCUGAAAUUAAUAGAAAAUAAAGGAAUUAGGGUUUAUGCAACGUACCUGCGAUUAGGGCAAAUUUUGAACCUUCGUCUUCUUCAAUUCCGAAUCAGGAAAUGAGUGAUACUGAAGACAAUGAGGAAACUGGGAAAAACGUGCCAGUUGCUGCUGUAGAUAAUAGGCAACCAGAAAAUAUUCAAGAAAUUGAUCAUAAUAAGCAGAACAAUUCUCCUCGUUCUGGAGAAUCUGAGCCAGUCCAGGAAACCCCAAAUCCUGCUGAAAAUGGAGAAGCUCUACCUGAUAAGACCGACAUUGAAAUGACCACUGAUGGUAAAAAUAAUGUAGAACCACAGUCCAAUUCACCCCAACCUGAUCAAGAUUCACCUCCUCCCUCAGUACCAAGAAAUGAUGAUGACCAACAAUUAGUCAAGCCAGAUACCGAACCCUUGAGUGGCGAUGACCAACAAUUAGUCAAGCCAGAUACCGAACCCUUGAAUGGCAAUGACCAACAAUUAGUCAAGCCAGAUACUGAACCCUUGAAUGGCGAUGACCACCAAUUAGUCAAGCCAUAUACUGAACCCACAGCUGAUGCCAAGACGGAAGCCCAGGAUUUGCCUCAAAGUAAUAAUCAUGGGUGUAAGGAUGGCGACCCUGUUUCCACAAGUCAUCCAGAGACUGCUGAACCCACUGUUGGUGUUAAAACUGAAGCUUCUCAAGUUCCCGAGGGUGAGUCUAGUAGUGCUGUUGGAGAUACUGUAACAGUGAGUCAUAAUGAAGAUGUUACGCCUCAUGCUGGAUCUUCUGAUAGAAAAGCUGAUACUGGGAGUGGAGAAGAAUUGAAGCAUAAUGAAAAAGAUAUUACUACUCCCAAAAAUAAUGGAAACCCAAACUCGAAGUGCUUGUUUCUUUUGGAUGACAGCCACAUGUCUGACGGUAAUGAUUCUGGGACAGAAGAGGAGCAAUCAGCUUUCAUGGCGGUGGUGGAAAAUUUCUUUAGGGAGAGGAGCAUGGAAUUUAAACCUCCUAAGUUCUAUGGAGAGGGUUUGAAUUGCCUUAAGCUUUGGAGAGCUGUGACUAGAUUAGGUGGCUAUGAUAAGGUUACCUCAAGUAAGUUGUGGCGGCAAGUGGGAGAAACCUUUAAACCUCCAAAGACAUGCACUACGGUUUCAUGGACGUUUCGUGGCUUCUACGAGAAGGCACUCCUAGAUUAUGAAAGGCAUAAAUUUGGUACGGAGCCCAGUGUACCAAUCUCUUCCCAGCCAGAGCCUAUGAAUAUUGAUAACCAGGCUUCAGGAUCAGGCAGAGCAAGAAGGGAUGCUGCAGCACGUGCCAUGCAGGGUUGGCACUCACAACGUAUCCUUGGUAAUGGUGAAGUCAGUGACCCUAUUAUAAAGGAUAAAAAUUCUGCUUCUUUGCAAAAGCGUGAAAAACAGCUUAAAAGCAUCGGUUUACUUAAAAGAAAGAAGCCGCCUUACGUGGAUCAUGUGGUAAAAGCUGCACGUACUAAAGCAUCUAAGUCACAAUUGGAUGCGGAUGUGGUUGAUCUUGGACCUCCUGCAGAUUGGGUGAAGAUCAAUGUGCAGAGAACUAAAGAUUGUUUUGAGGUCUAUGCUUUAGUUCCAGGGCUUCUACGUGAGGAGGUGCGCGUUCAGUCAGAUCCAGCUGGGAGACUGGUUAUAAGUGGAGAACCCGAGCAUCCUGAUAAUCCAUGGGGUGUCACACCUUUCAAAAAGGUUGUCACCUUACCAUCAAGAAUUGAUCCACACCAGACAUCAGCCGUGGUCACCCUGCACGGACAGUUGUUUGUUCGUGUUCCGUUUGAGCAGUCGGAAUAGUAACAUGUCAGGAUUUCCAUCCUUGUUCUGCCCCUAUAUUGACCAUGAGGCUCUUCCCAACCUUAAUCAGGCCAAGUUAGCUGGUUUAGUUGAACAUCUGGACAUCUGGACCUUAAUGUUGACUAGAUUAGUACAGGAUAUAACCUAACCUUUUGGUGUACUUAAUUACCAACAUGUUCAGUUUAACCUAACCUUUGAUGUUGCUUACCUAGGAAUUCCUUUUUUUUAUUUCAUUCAUUUUCUUGAAGAUGUGUUAA